UUGACGUUUAAGCAUAUUUAUAACAUUACCGCGCCUUGAUAUCGAAGGUGGUUAAACUGUUGACCGGAACUAUGUUUGCAGUAUUCAGAGAAAUACACCUGCUUGUACUUCAGCCGGUUGCAUUGCCUACAGGUCCUUCACGUGACGGUUUUUCGUAUUUUAUCACACGGAAUAAAAAAACAGGUCACAGAUACCAGCGACUGAAUUCAUAUUUAAAGGUUCCUCGUGAGCGUCCUAGUUCGGUGUUGCAAGACUUGUUGCGCGUGCGCGUACGCCUUGAAGCGCGCGCUGCUGUCCGGACAGUGCAGUAGUUGCAGUGAGUGAAGCAGCAUGAAGAUCCACACCGGGUCUGAGCGACAACCGUGCGGGGUGUUAUUGAAAUAGUUUAGUUUUUUUUAGUGGUUUCUUUCUACUUCUCUCUUCGCAACUCCCUCCUCGUAAUUUGUAGUUUCAAAGAAGAGACGUGAAGCAGGACGAGUCUUCUUCUGCCAUGGUGAAGUCGUCAACUUGUUGAUGUUGCCACUUCGUUUUCACUGCUCUUACUCAGGGUAAGUUUCACUUUGUUUACAGUUUUACAUCCUCUUUACUCAAAUUGUACUUAAAGCAGGGAAACGAAUGAACACAUACUUCAUAUUCAGGCAUAAACUGUGCUGCUCUACCUUUUCGUACCACCACCUCUGCAUGUCUUUACAGCUCCUGUGGUAUGUUUGUAGGUAGCCUAUUAUUAAAGACAGAAAACGCUUAAAAUGUCACUGAUGCAGACAGAGGGCGAAAUUAGUUUACAGACCUCCAAACCAUGCAGGCAGAAUAAUUUAUCUGUGUUAGUUUUAUUUGUAUCAUAUCAGUUUUUUUGUGUCACAUUUCUCGAUAGAUAGAUAGAUAGAUAGAUAUACUUUAUUGAUCCCAAACUGGGAAAUUCUCAUGUUACAGCAGCAAUAAAAACACAACAUAAAAUUAAAUAUAAGAAGAAGUAUGUACAAUACAGACUAAAUAUACUAAAUAUAUACAAUAAAUACGGACUAAAUAUACUAAACAUCCUAAGAGCAAAAAGUGGAAUAUGAAAAAAGUGGGCUAUUUAUUUUAUCCCACUUAAAACUCGAUAAACUUGAUUCUUUUACAUUUUGGAAGUUAAAAAAAAACUUACUCUCUAAAAAAAAUUAAAAAAGAUGCUACUGUCACUGUCUCUGCAGCUGCAGUGUCCUGCCUCAGGGUACAAAGGCUGCACAUACCAGGUGUGAUCAUUUGUGACAGCGCCCAUAAGGAGGACAUUUACAGGAAAUUAAGUGUACGGACAUCGCUAUGAAGUUAAGCCAGAAGCUGAGGCUAAAGUCCACAAACCACAAAAAUGAGGCCGUAAAAUCAUCCAAAGGAAAUGCCACUUUUCCCAUGAUGUGGUGUUACAGUUCACAUACAUAUAAAAUGCAUUACUUGGUGACAACACAGUUCAUAAGCAUGAUGCAAAUCUUGACCGUUUUCAUGAUCUUGAUGAUUAAAUGUAAUGGAAACAUACAUUUUAGAAAAGCAAAUUAUAGGUUAGACAUGUUUUUUGCUCUUGCUUGCUCUUAUCUUUUACUAUUGAUAUCAGUCUUGCUCCCUGAUUGAUUAUAAAGUGCAUUGUUUAUGAUAAUUAGGCUUUCAUUGAUUGUGUAAUGUAAGAGGAAAUUAAAGUCUGAGGUGAAUUUAAAGAAUACUGAGACAAACAUUCAAAUCUCUAAUCUAGUGGUUCUCAAGUCCAGUCCUCGAGGCCCACUGUCCUGCAUGUUUUAGAUGUUUCCCUGCUCCAACACACCUGAUUCAAAUGAUCAGCUCGUUAUCAAGCUCUGUAAUGGCUUACUAACGAGCUGAUCAUUUGAAUCAGGUGUGGGCCUCGAGGACUGGACUUGAGAACCACUGCUCUAAGACAUUCAAAUAGAACACGACCUCCUCAAACUAUUGAAGAAACAACCAUGAUUUAGGUUUAUGAUGAUUUCAGAGCUGCAACUCUGCAGAUUUUUUCAAUUCAAUAUGUAUUGAUUUCACAUAAAGAUACCCAGGCAGUGACAUGUAGUAGCCAUAGGGCAUUACUGACGACACACAGACAUCACACUCAGGGUAGGAAGCCUAGUUGUUGUUACAGAAGAAUACAUGUACAGCUGCUUGUAAGUUGCAUAUCUUACAAAAAAACUUACUGAAUUGUUAUCAAUUUACUUCUUCGUGACCAAGGUGCUCAUGAACAAAUACAGAGGGGGAAAAUCUUGAACAGAGAUUUAAGUAAAACAACAUUUUAGUAACCAAAUAGCAAACUUUACUUUGAACAAUUUAACAUUUUACUGUAGGAAAGGUUGUUUUCCCCUCCAGACUUUCAAACAUAUCCUCAACUUGGAAAACAGCAGUACAAUAUUAUAGAAGUACUUCAGCUACCCGACCUGAUGUCAUGUAUUUGUGAUGCUAGAGGGGCUGUAAACAUGUCAUACUGUGAUAAGUGUGAGUGCUACUGUAAUAGACUGCCACCAGAGCAGAGCAUCGGCAGUAAAUUGGUUAGCUCUGUGAAAACAGGGGGUUUCCUUUUGAUGUUACAUACAUGGUCCAUCCUGAUUAAGAUUGCGGAUAGAAGCUCAUGGUUCAAAGCUGUAUUCCUCGUUCCAUGUCUCUGCAAUAUUUGAGGGCAGUAUUCAUAACUCUUGUGAAAACAAGCUGUCACAUCAAUGGAGCAAUAACCCAGAGUCAUUUGGAUGGAUUGUUAUGUGUGCAGACCUGGCACUCAAGCUAUGAGACUUGGUGCUGUUGCUGUGUUUUUAGAGAAGAUUCCUUUCUGCCAGGCCAUAGUCAGGAUUCUGUGCCUGUUUUUUUAUGUCUGACUGGGAACAGACUAACAUUAGACUACUUCAGAGACUCUAAAAUGCUGAUUCAAGGAAGAGAUAGCGAAGGGGAGACAGUAAACAGGACCAAAGUUGCUCCCAGGACAAAUCUAAAUGCCUUAAAUGAUCUCACUGACCAAAAGCAGUGUUGCAGCCAUAACAAACAUAGUGCCUAAACAGCCUUUGAAAUGUGUAAUCUAAUAUGUCCUGAGAUCAAUCUGAGGACAGAAUUAAGUGGCCAGAGUUCCUGUAAAACUGGAAAAAAAGAAAAAUAACUACAAUGAGUAUCACAAAGGAUUAGUUCACAGAGGUGUUUAUUUUUCUUGUUCAAUCUUUGUGUUUUACUGACUGUAAAUUCAACAGUCGCCAGAGUGUAACUUUAACUCACCUCUCUGCUAAGCCUUUGAUGAGCCGAUUACAGGAACACAUGUUUUUCUAUCAACAUUAGAAAAAACAAAUAACAAUUACCAAGAGCAAAAAAACAAACCCUUAAAAAACCCUCAUAUUAUUCAUACGAUAGAGAGGUAGAGAGGACAAAAAGAGGAGGAAUUAAAAGAUUCAUCAUGUCCAGUAAGUGCUGUGUGUGUUGGUUGUUAGAUUUGUGUUUCUGUCAAACAUACAAAUAUUUAAAAUUUUAAAAAGGUCUGAUCCAAGGAUCUUAAGUUUGUAUCACUGUUACGGUAAAUAUAUAUAACAACAAUCACAAAAAGAGUUGCACAGUCGUAUUUCUUCACACCUGGUUAGUUCUACCCAAAACAAAUCAAGCAAGAGUUGAGAGUGAAGCACCUGAACAGCUUGUUUAACACCCGUACUGUAGAACAAAAUCCAAGUCGGACUUAGGAUGUAAGAUGCCAGCCAUGUAAUUAUACUUCAAAAUCUCCUCCCUUUCACCUUCCAAUUUAAUAAUGAAACCAUACAAAUAAGUUUGGUAAUUGGACUAAAAUGAUACUUUCUUUAUGGUUUGUCAUUCAUCUUGACAUUGAAGAUCAUGUCAGUCCAAAUCACUGUGGAAAGCAGAAGAAGGCAAAAUUAGGGAUGCCCCAGAGUCCAGAAUGACUUUGCUUCUGGCUUGUUUAACAGAGCUUUAAAUCCCGACAAUCGGACUAGUCUAUAAGGUUGCACAACUCUCAGAAAAGUUUUCAAAUUGAGUAAAGCUUAUUUGACAUGGUUAAACACACAGCCACCAGCCUUUGGUCCUCUAUGCAGGUUCACAUCAAAAUGCUUGAGCUCGUGACACAAUGAACAUAUAUAUUCAAGCAUAACCAGAUACAGCAUUAAAUACAUCUUAAGGGCAAUAUAUUGCGCACAUCAGAUAUAAAAUGUGUACACUUUGCGACGUGUAUCAUUGCGAACAAAGAACACAAAGUGCGGUCAACAAAAAUUACGGCUACCUAGGCUCACCUCUCCACCCCAGUGUAGGUGAGACCUCCCCUUAUAUAACCUACCGGCUUUCAAACACAGCGCCCACGUGACCUAAACCCAGUGAAACCAAUGGCAACCAGACAAAAGUAUUUGAACACAGGAGAACCGAUCAGUAAAGCAACAAUAUGGCUCCUAAACAUCUAAACUCUCUUCAAAAAAAUAUGGCUGCUACGAGGUGCCAUCCGUCAUCUGUACCGUACAUACUGUGUAAUGGCAGAAGUCAUGAACUGAAAGUAAAGGUGUUUCAGGCCAACAGCUCUAAAAAUGCCUAUUAUUUGCUUAACCAACCAGUAUUUCUGAUGCUGAUUUACAAGUGGCAAGAUGUUUCCUGCAGUGGAUUAAACACUCAGAUUCCUUGGAAUAACACACUCACCUGGAUGACAGUUGGUUGACCCAGCUCACAUUUACAGUAAUCUGGUGACUGCUUACUAUUCUUCGGAAGGAGAUGUGUGCCCACAAGUGCAGCUAACAGCUUGUUCUGCUGAUAAAUCACCGCUUGUGCGGCAGAUUUACUUGGCUCUGUGUAGCAUGAGUCAGCACAACUUGACUAUUUGAAAUGCAUCAGAAGUGAUUGAUCCCACCAACAGUCUAGAAACCUGUCAUUUCUGAGAGUCAUUUUCUUCUGAAGCCAAGAAAUUAUGGCUUUUACUGUGCAGAUAUAUUUGGGGGAGUCAAUAUAACUUCGUAUAUUACUUCUUUUUUCCAUUAAUAGUCACUUCUCCAGUUGGAUUGUAAAUGAUGGCGUUUAUAGAAAAGGAAGUCGUGGCUUGAAGUCUUUACUGUCUGAGACCCGAGUUUUGUUUGCUAUACAUUUUUUGUUUCAUUUAGUUGGAAGUGGUAGGGCCUGAUAAGUAGGGAGUAGUUUUCAUAUAAAAAGACAUCGGUUUUUGAAGAAAUGUUGACUACACAAGCUUAAGGACACACAGCGAUAUCGUUAUAUUACCAAAAGUCAUAAAUAACUAAUAGCUAUUGACUGAUAUUAAAAGCUUUUUGUAUAAACACCACAAAAAAAGAUGCUUCUUUAAUGGAAUCCUGCCCACCCCGCCUUUAAGAAUCAUGACAAUAAUUCUUCACAUUUUUGUUGGGGUUUGAUAACAAAAUUUCUGUUUAUAUUUUGAAAAGGGCCUCACAAAACCAAACUCAUGGUUCAUGCCAUUGAAUGUCUUUAUUUCUAUUCUAGUAGCAGUCAGUCAGCCAGGUAGGAUAUUGGUGAGUCAGUCAACCAGUAUUUGGGUCAGUCAGGUGUGGUUAGCCAGAAAGUUAGUUACGGCGUCAGUCAAAAGGUCAGGUAUAAUACCAGCCAAGUCAGGUAUGCUGCCAAUCAAUAACACAGGUAUGGAAUCAGGAAGUAAUUUAGCUGUAAUGUUGUUGUUUUGGUUUGUUGCAUUUUGCUAGCUAAAAAACUGUCAUUGCUUCAUGUUUGGCGGUGCUGUGUGUGCCAUAUCAAACAAUCUCAGUGGCAUGAGUAAACAAGUUUCAAUCAUAAAAUAUGUAGAGGUUUUGCUCCUUGCCAAGUUUCAUGUUGGGACUUGCUGAUUUUUUUGAUUUUACCAAAUCUUUAAUUUAACACCGAUCAGUGUAUUUUCUUGUGGCCACAGGGGGGCAGACCAGCUGUCCACGACUGAGACUUAUGGAUCUGAAUUUAUCAGAAUCUACUAUAAUGGCACAGGAAAGCCAAAAUGUGAUGUCCAUGUAUCAGUAUGUAGGGUCUCAGGUGAAGCCACAAAGCAUUAGCGACACCUGAAUGUUCUGGAAGUCCACUGCCAUUCCUGUAGCAUGUAUUAUGACAAGAAAAUAUAUCCUGUCUUCAUGCUUUUCAGUAAACUCUGAUUGGUCAGAUUCAAAUGCUAGUUGGAUUACUAAACACCACCCACUCCCUACCCUAACCCUAACCCUACGUUAUGGUUCAAGCAUCAUGCCUGAGCAUGCCUUCAGCAUCUACAACAUUAAAAAUAGCAGCUGUGCGGUGUCUUUAUUGACUGAAAUUUAUGAAUGAGCAUGACAGCUACCUGCUUGGAUCAAAACAAAACAAGUUUCUCCAUUUUCUGCACAAUCCUCAGGAGAACAAUCUGACCUAAAUACAGUGAAUGAAGUGAAACAAACGACAGUGUGAUGCAAAAGGAUGCUUGUGGUUUUAUGGCUUUCGAGUUUCAGUGACCGUUGUCCCACUGUCCUGUUUCUGUGUUUCAUCAGAGCUGUAUCCACUUCCCCUGUGUGUGGCAACAGCAUCACAAGAGCGUCUGCCAGGUCUGUUGAAAUACUCACUCUAAGACCCUGCUGAGAUGGGCAGCAACACGUUUUUGUCUGCAAGUCCCAGCAGAGCAUUACUGGUUGAGCACUGUGUUGCAUAACCUACACCCUUGUGUGUGAUUUACUUACUCUUCGGUUUGUUCUGACAAAAAGGGGAAUUUUUGGCAAGAUGAUGCGCAAAGCCUUCUAAUAAACUGUGCAACAAUAUCCAUAUUUGUACUUGUUGCUUUUACACUUUUCGUAGAAGUCAAGCAGUCAGUGCGACGCUGUGAUUUAUCUCGAGACAGAUCAAGAAAAGGGGGAUGAGUUUAAAUGUUGGUGCUCCAUUUUUGGUCUGUGUGAGAUUAAGUCAGGCCGUCAGUUGUUUACGCUCAUCGCUAACUGCCUGUAUCUGUCUUUCUCUUUUGCUUUCUUGGCCUGGAUGUUCAUUGUCUACCGAUGAAGUCAGGGCUUACUUGACGUGCUUAAUACUGGGAGGUUCAUCCUCGCUUGCUCAGUAGCAGACUAAAAUUAUAUCCUCUUUAAAUGAUACCGCAAAGAUUACAGUCUUGCCCCACUCUGGUGAAACGGCACAGCUACACUGCGGUUAUCAAGGGUUUAAUUGUUUUGUUCUCCAUCAACGUAAGAGGCAGGCAGUGUGCUUUGCUGAACAUCAGCCCUCCUCACCAUCCCUCUCUGAUUGGUUUUAAAUGUCUCCUGUGUGAUUGCCGCACCGCCUGUGCUCAGCGUUGAUAGACUGUUACCGGCCCUGCACAUUCGGAUAAUUAGCCAAGUCCUGUUGUUUUUCUAAUUAAAAAAAACAGGCCUGUGACAUCUGCAGAAGGCAAUAGUGACUAUUUCACCACAAUAGCUGUGCCUUACUUUUGUAAAAUAUUGAAUUUUAACCAUAUAAAGGUGCAUUUCAACAAAUUUUGGUGAUGUAUGUGCCAUUUUCCAGUGACCCCACAGCCAAUGAAUGAGUGUGUACAUGUGGUAGCCGGUUUGUGUUUGUGCAGAGGGUGAGAAACAGCAGCAGGCAUGAAUCAUUGAUUUGUGUAUCCAGAGAAAAAAGAGAUUAGACAUUGUAAAGUAAUUAGAGGUAAAUUGGUCACAGCUCACUUUUCUUGUCAGCGUCUCCCUCUUGCCCCUCGUUUAAAUCUGCAGCUCUGUGUCGACUGCACACAAACACACAUGCUCUCUUUGUGCAGCAGAUACUAUAAAUCUUUAUUUAGCCUUAUCUGGCAUUCAGCCUGCUCUCUGAGAUUAGAUUAUAUUAAGAGCAAGGCCAGAAUAAAGGGUGGGAAAUUAGAUUAUGAUAUACUAAAUAAACAAUGAAAUGAAUUAUUCAGAUCACUCAGUAAUCUCAACCAUCUGCUUAUAAAGUUUAUGUUUUUGUAACUUUUAUCCCAUUGCGUGUGCAUGUUCUAUUGGAUGUCACAAAUGGGUAUUUUCAUAAUUUAUGCUGCUGAACUGGUGACACUACUAUAAAGGUACAACAUGUCUCAUUCUCACCGAAUCUCACCGAAGUUCUUCUUAUCCACUCCAUACAUUGCAUAAUGAAUGUAACAUACAAAAAUCCUAUUAAGAAAAAGUGUACACUUUAUUGCGUCCUUGUUCUUUGACCUCUAAUCUUCCUAUACUUGUAAAUGUCAUAUCAUAGCAGUCUUAUUCGAAAAGUCAAGUCACUUCAACUCGAUACCUCUUUCUUAAGUUUGCAUUUAGUCAUGAGCCGGGACUCUCAUUGACAUGCUCUGUAGAAACACAGAGUUAGAUAGAGACCUCUGCUCUGGUAUCAUGUCCUUUCUAUUAAAAGUUGGCUGUGGGUCCUCUUCUGUUUAUGUUAGGUCUGCCAAGUUGUCUUAUGUUGCAUUUGCCAUGGUAAAGAAAAAGUCCUGAAACUUUGCACGUGGAGUCUUAUUUAUAACCUUUUGGGGUUCAUGUGCGGUUGUUAAGCUUACACAUUUGCCUUGAUUUGCUCUCACGGUUUGUAAAUAAACUUUGCCUUUAGCAGGCCUGAGGGCAGAGCGUGUACAGCAGCAUGUUUUUCCUGUCUAGAGAGAGAGAGAUGAGCAGAGAGCAGAAGAAAGGGGGGGAAGUCUGGUAACGCUACUCUAUUGGGCGGUGUUGCAGUGUCGGGGGUUGGUGCUUCAACUCAGCAUGUCAUUUGCUGCAGCCAGCAGAGGGGAAUUAGCUCAAAUGGUAGAGCGCUCGCUUAGCAUGCGAGAGGUAGCGGGAUCGAUGCCCGCAUUCUCCAGAGAAGCUUUUGGACUGCAUGUACAGAAACCAUAUGAAAGCAUGAAGGAGCAGUACUGCCUUUGAACACUUGAAUAAAGGAGCAGUACUGUCUACUCCUAGAGAAACUGCAGCCAUGUGGGCAGAACAAAGUCAAAGAGCAGAAGAAGGUGACACAUUCACACCCGUCAUGACCCAGCUUGGUUUAUUCCUGCAAAACUUCCCUGAGUAAUGUUUAAACUAAUGUUUGCUUUACUGUCACAAUAGAGUAAACAUGUGGUUUUAUAUAGUUUACUUACAUACACAACCUUGAUUCACUGAUUUUGUGAAUCUCAGCAGGUCCUCCUGUGUAAAAACAGGCUUAAGGUGAACACUUGAAAGCAGUCUUUUUUCCAUUAUGGUCUUAAGCUUUAUUCCCAAGUAGCAGGAGUUUUCAUAACAACUUAUUCAUUGGCUUUGGGCACGGUAAAAAAAACACACUUAAUAUCCCCUCAAAAUAUGUUACAGAUAUGGGUUCUUUGGUCCUCUGGUUAUGUAGAUAAUGGGUUUUGUUUUUAGAUCAUCUUUUGUAGAGUUAGUGUUGUGAUCUGGGUCGGUUCCCUUUAUGUUUUUCAAUGUCCAAGGCUUUAGUGUUUGUCUUUGUUUUGUGACAAAAACUGUGUAGGAAAUAGUUACAGCCUGGAAAGCAGCUGUGUCCAAACACUUCACCCUGAAUAGGACAAUAGCAGACAUAAACCCACACUCAUGCGGUGCUCAGUUUUUCAUGUGUACUCUUUGGCAUGUGCUGCUUUGUUAACAUACGUAUAAUAUUAAGACAAUGCUGUUGUUUCCAUGUUUAACAUUACCACAAAGGCUAGACUAGAUCCUGACUUUGUACCUUUUUCCUUGACUAACACUCUGAAGAGUUCCUACACUUCAACAAACAAUAUCUUCUUCCAGCUAUAUAUGAGUCUCUGCAUUACAGUAAUAAGGCGUAAUUGAUGCAGUGUAGGAAUCAGAGCUGCACUUGUUUCAUUUCAGCAGCAUGUUUUUCUUGUCUAGAGAGAGAGAUAAGCAGAGAGAAAGAGAAAGGGGCGCAUGUUUUGUAACACUACUCCAUUGGGGAGUGUCGGGGGUUGGUGCUCGUACUCAACAUGUCAUUUGCUGCAGCCUGCAGAGGGGAAUUAGCUCAAAUGGUAGAGCGCUCGCUUAGCAUGCGAGAGGUAGCGGGAUCGAUGCCCGCAUUCUCCAGAGAAGCUUUUGGACUGUAUGUACAGAAACCAUAUGAAAGCAUGAAGAAGCAGUACUGCCUUUGAACACUUGAAUAAAGGAGCAGUACUGUCUACUCCUAGAGAAACUGCAGCCAUGUGGGCAGAACAAAGUCAAAGAGCAAAAGAAAGUGACACAUUCACACCCGUCAUGACCAACUGCAAAACUUCCCUGAGUAAUGUUUAAACUCAUGUUUGCUUUACUGUCACAAUAGAGUCAACAUGUGGCUUUAGAUAAUUUACUUACAUACACAACCUUGAUUCACUGAUUUUGUCUGAAUGAAUCUCAGCAGGUCCUGUUUAAAAAUAGUCUCAGUGUGAACACUUGUAAGCCGUAUUUUUCCCACUUUAAUCUUUAUCUCUAAUAUCAAGUAGCAGGGGUUUUUAUAACAACUCAUUCAUAGACUUUGGGCUCAUUACAGAAACACUUAGUUUGCCUUCAAAAUAUGUUACAGAUAUGGACUCUUUGGUCCUCUGGUUAUGUAGAUAAUAGGUUUAAAUGCUAACUUAUCUUUUGUGGAGUUUGUGUCGUAAUCUGGGUCUGUUCCCUUUACACUUUUUAAUGUCCAAGGCUUUAGGGUUUGUCUUUGCUUUGUGACAAAAACUUGGUUACAGCCUGGAGAGCAGCGGUGUCCAAACACUUCACCCUAAAUGGGACAAUAGCAGACACAUACACUCAUGCGGUGCUCAGUUUUUCAUGUGCACUCCUCCACUAACUCUCUAAAGAGUUCCUACAAGAGUGAGGCCGCCUCCAUUGGGGAGUGGGGGGUUGGUGCUCCUAGUCAGCAUGUCAUUUGCUGCAGCCUGCAGAGGGGAAUUAGCUCAAAUGGUAGAGCGCUCGCUUAGCAUGCGAGAGGUAGCGGGAUCGAUGCCCGCAUUCUCCAAAGGAACUUUUGGACUGCAUGUACAGAAACUAUAUAAAACCUUAAAAAGCAUGAAGAAGCAGUACUGUCUCUGAACAUGUGAAUGGAUAAAUGAAUGAAUUCCUCGAUUUGCUGCCACCUCUUGUCAUCUUUCUUUUUGACACUGUUACAGUCUGGUUUAAGGUUUAUUUUUCCACAGAAAGGGUUUGAGAAGAAGAAGUUAAGACAUGUUUUUCUCCUUAAGAAACUGCAGCCAUGUGGGCAGAACAAAUCUUCACUGAGUCAAAGAACAAAAGAAAGUGACACAUUCACACCCAUCAUGACCAAACUAGGUUAAUUCCUGCAAAACUUCCCUGAGUAAUGUUUAAACUCAUGUUUGCUUUACUGUCACAAUAGAGUAAACAUGUGGUUUUACAUAAUUUACUUACAUACACAACCUUGAUUCUCUCAUUUUGUAAAUCUCAGCAGGUCGUGUCCUGCCUCUGGCCCGUCUGUCCACCAUGGGAUCCAGAGCCUUCAGCCGCUCUGCCCCCCACCUUUAGAACUUCCUCCCUCCUGAUUUUAGGAACAGUGACUCACUCUCCAUCUUCAAAUCCUGCCUGAAAACACAGUAUAUCAGACAGGCUUACUUAGAGUAACAUUUGAUGUUCUGCUGCAGAGUCGGGACUUACAACUUUUUUAUUUAAACCUUUGUUGUGUUGAUGUGUAUUUUAUUGAGUUUACUAUUCUACUGACGUGUCUUUUAAUUUUUCUGUAAGGUGACCUUGAGUGCCCUGAAAGGCACCUAUAAAUAAGAUUUAUUAUUAUUAUUAUUAUUAUUAUUAUUAUUAUUAUUAUUAUUAUUAUUAUUAUUAUUAUUAUUAUUAUUAUUAUUAUUAUUAUUAUUAUUAAAAACACUCCUCUGGUUAUGUAAAUAAUAGGUUUUAAUCACUAACUUAUCUCUUGUGGAGUUUGUGUUGUGAUCUGGGUCUGUUCCUUUUAUGCUUUUUAAUGUCCGAGGCUUUCGUGUUUUCCUUGACUAACACUCUGAAGAGUUCCCACACUUCAACAAACAAUAUCUUCCUCCAGCGAUAUAUGAGUCUCUGCAUUACAGUAAUAAGGCGUAAUUUAUGCGGUGUGCUUACCAGAGCUGCACUUGUUUCAUUUGGCAGAUAUCUUCUGUGAUCCCUGCUUUUCCUUUUGUAGACUAAUUAGUUUCUCGCUGGGGCUUAUGGGAUUCAGAGUGUGUAACUUUUUGUUUCUCUUGCUUUCCACACACACUGUGUUAAAAGAAAAGCUGCCAGUGUUUGUGUCAGAUUUCUAGUAAAUUAGAUUGUGUGUUUUGGUCUCAUGUUGCUGCUCGCCUUGACAUUUUUCCUGUAAAUACAUGCUGUUAUUAUGAAUCUUAUCUAACACAAAAGUUGCACCACGACCAAAACAUGAAGCACCAUCAUCUUGGAGGGUUACAGUAUGAACUGCAGUUUUAAUGUUAAGACCAGAUAAAAAGGGGGCGUUCAUCUUCAUCACAUUUGAUCCCUUUAGAUUAGAAAUAGUUAGCCUUUUAAAUGCAGCUCUAAGCGAAACAGCUGCCUACUCUCUCCUUAUGUUUAUAAAGUGUAAUGCAUUUUGACAGAACAGGAUUUAUGGAUUUCACUUUCUACUGUGCCGUGUUUUUAGAAAGCUUAGUGAUUUGAGUUACUGUCAUGAUGUCACCAGGCUAAACAAAAGCCAAGAUUUGGUCAAACUACCUUUCUUCAGACAUGUCAACAAAUCACACAAAUCCAACUACGCUAUAAAUGAGUCAUCAGCAAAUAAAGCUGACUGCAGCACACUUUCCUAAACCUUUGUCAUCCCUUCCCGCCUGCUCAUUGGUUCAGCGGUGAAACGUUUUACAGUCGGCUGGCACGCCGCCACUUCUCCUUCCUACUCUCUUCUUAUUGCUCCACAGUGAUUUAUGAAAAGCAUGUACCACUGUGGUGUGAAACAAAAGCAUUACCAUACACAGAGGAGUAAAAGCCCGACACUGUGAUGAACUCUUCUUAAAAACAAAUACUAUUAAUAAGCAGUUGUAGGUCACUGCACACAUAGCCGCUUUGCUUUUGAGGAGGUUGUGAGUUGUGAAAUGCACUGAGUCACAGUGAGGAAGAAAAGGAAGUGGCCUGGCCCAAUCACUUACCCACCCACAUGCUGCAUUCAAUGAAAUGAGAAUGAAUGACGACGGUGAAGGGAGUAGUAAUCAGAACUGCUGAUUGAUCCAAGCCGUGUCUGUCGGUGAGAGGUUUUGAGUGGGGAACCAGACAGUGUGCAGUGGUUUUCUAUACAACACAUGUGGUUGUCUAGCUUUCACUUGUUAUAAGGUAAUGAAUUGACCAUGAUGUGAUGGCUCUUAAUUCAUUACUGUCAGCUGUAUUGAUUUUUUAUGAAGAGUGUAGCAGCUUCGACUCAAUACAGUACAUGCACAGCCCAACAGAGAAGUUAUAAUGCACUGGUCUAGUGAGGAAGGUUUAUCUGACGUCCACUGAAGAGGAAUAAGUCUGUGUGCCAUUAAUGAAACAAAAGCUAGAGCUGUUGCUUUGAGUUAAAGGGAUAUUCUGGCAUGAAAUUGAUUUAGGGUCAAACACACCGUAAUACUGAGUUAGACCGAGUUAAUUGUUCAUCAUUUCUUCAUGGAAAAUGCAAUCAGACGGAGACCCUCAGGCAGAAGAACUAACGUGUCUGCACUGCAAAAUGAUUAAUAUGGUGAUUAUUACUUCAAGGAAAUGAUAAAGUAAUGAUCAUAAUUGUUCUUCCUUGAGCUGCAUCACCCCGCUGUAGUCUGUAAUGGACUUGUCUGAGGUCUCGCUACAAACAAGCGGCUACAGGAAGAGAGUAGGUGAGUUGUGUUUAGUCUCUUCAUUAAAGAAAUCAGGCAAAGUUAAAAAGAUGUUUGGUGGCUAGUGCUGUGGCUGGGACCCUAUAUGUACUGUUGAUGAAGUUAGGUGUUGUUCUGAGCAUUAUUUGUGGCUAUAGAGUGCCCUUUUGGUUGAGGUUUGUUUAUGGCUCCUCAGACCGCUCUGUAUUGCUAUUGUGCCGUGGUUACUGAAGUUGGUAUAACUAGAGAAACAAGUGGUCGGCAACAUUCAUCUCUCAAGGGGGUGUCUAACUCUGUGUUCUGGUGUGUUUGACCCUAAAUUAAUUCCAAAGAUGGAAACACAUGAAGAAGGUGUUAAUGUUUUUCUACACACAUACGAAAGAACCUCAAAGAUAUUUGAGGUAUUUAUAUAUCAGAAGUAUUGGCCUGUCGACAUCUUGAACAUGUAGGACUGAAAUUAGAAACUUGGCGAGUUUGUCCCGUGAGAAGUUGAAUCAGGCACUGUCUAAUACUAACAGAAGAAGUGUGAAUGCACUCCAGAGUUGCCAAAACUCCCUGGAGAGUUCAAUGUUUAGGUCCUGCUACUGUAGGAGUUUUGUUUUGCCUCAUGAGAGUGGGCUGGUACUCUGGACCAAGGUAUAGUGUUUAGAAAUAUUACCUAAUGUGUAUUUAAGGCCAAUAUGUUGUCAGUGAUGUUCUUGGUCAGUGAAUAUAGGAAUCUAAAGUGUUUACUACUCUGUGAGUUUGUGCUACAGCAAAUGGAGUAGCCUCAAUUGUUCAUGCACCAGCUACAAUAGCAUUGCAGAUCAAUUUUUACCCAGAGAGAGGCUUUGCGGUAACAUCAUUUAUGUUUAUUCAAACUAAUUAGAUAUUAAUCCUUACACUGCUGCUGCAGCCGUACUGUCUUUAUUAAUUAUUUAUGGCCACCAUAGAAUGAUUUAUUAAAUACAGAGCUGACUCAGGCUGUAAAAUUUUAAACAGAGACAAACUGAACUGUUACCAAAUCAGAAAAUACUGUCCACUGAUGCCCUCUGGUGGACAUACGUCUUUUUGUCUAAGAGAGACCAAGAGACACUUUAUUACAAACAAAUAUGCACUGUGGACAGAAUGCCAAUCUCUGUCAGGAUUAAAAAUACUUUGUCUUUAAUUUUCAGAUUUCAGUUCAAUGGUAACAUGUUCUUUUAUGUAAUAUUUAUAAUAGCUCUGACAGGGAUUAACAGCAGAAUCAAGUUUGUUCAUCAAAUUGACGUAGACUUUGUCUUUUUGUCUCUCCUCCAGAGUGAGAAGAUGCCACAGUCUGUCUACUCCUUCCCGACAGAAACGCUCACCUCUGAAGCUUUCACCCUUGACUUCUACUCCAGCAGCGAGCACAGUGAAGAGCUGUUCACAGCAGAAAGCAUCAUUGACAGCGUCAGCAACAUCAGCAGGUCGAGCGGCCUCCGCUGCACCUACAAAGAGGACUUCAAGCGUAUUUUACUCCCAGCUGUGUACACCUUUGUGUUCCUGCUCGGCCUUCCUCUGAACGCUGCCGUUAUCCUAAAGCUAUGGAGGACGCGACCACACCUGUCCAAAAACAAUAUCUACAUGCUCAACCUGGCCAUUGCUGACUUUCUGUAUGUGAUGUCACUUCCUUUGCUGAUCUACAACUACGGUAGCCAUGACUACUGGCCGUUUGGGGAGUUUGCUUGUAAACUGGUGAGGUUUCAGUUCUACAGGUGAGUAGUAUAUCCAAACAAUCGGCUCUUUCUUUGUACAGAUGUGUGUUUGAAGCAUAGAAGGACAAUUAUACGAACAAAAGCAUGAUUUUUGAUGAAUUUUGAACAUUCAUAACUAAUUUAAAAUCUUUAUGCCAACUUAUAAAUACAUUAAAUGUGUCAUAACUAAUUUUCCUCAUGUAAAAAGACCGGUUUUUGAUGCUCAGAACCAAAAAUUCAGAUUUAAUCUAAUAACAUUGCUUUUUCUCCUCUUUCCUGUUUUUAGUAAUCUGCACGGCAGCAUCCUCUUCCUCACCUGCAUCAGCAUGCACCGCUAUGUGGGUAUUUGCCACCCACUGGCCAUGCAACUGAAACAAGGUGGCGCCAAGCUAGCAUGGCGUAUCUGUGGAGGGGUGUGGCUCAUCGUCGCAAUCCUGUGCGCCCCAACUUUUCACUUUGCAGCCACAGGAACCCAGAGAAACCGCACUGUGUGUUAUGAUUUAAGCACACCAAAGCAGUCAGUAGACUACUAUCCUUAUGGCAUGGCUCUGACCUGCCUCGGCUUCUUGGUGCCAUUCAUGGUCGUGUUGGUGUGCUACUGCCGCAUGGCCUACAUCCUCUGUCGCCCCGUGUCUUACCAGGGUGUCUCUAUUGCGACUGGAGAGAAACGAGACAAGGCGGUGAGGAUGAUUAUCGUGGUUACAACCGUUUUCUGCAUAAGCUUCCUGCCAUUUCACCUCACCAAAACCAUGUAUCUAGUGAUUCGCACACUGCCUGCCGCACCGUGCGAGACGAGGAAUCUGUUCUCCAUCAUCUACAAGAGCACCAGGCCAUUUGCCAGCAUGAACAGCUUCCUGGACCCCAUUCUGUUUUACUUCACUCAGCCACGCUACCGUAGGAGCACCAAGAGAUUUGUGCUCAGAAUCACCACCCUCAAGGAGAAGGGCACCAGCGUGUGAGCCAAACUGCCUGAGUAUUUCUUCAUGACUCAUUGCUUCUCCAGCAGAAGAUCCCAAGAUUCUGCAGAGUGGUGCAUGUUAUGAUUUCAGAGUUUUUAAACAGGUUUGAUGGUGAUAGAUUUAAGAAGUACGGUACACUGUGAAAGAACUGUAUCUUCCUGAGAGGGGCUUGAAAAGGUUUGUAGGUACUGACAUAUCGAAAGGCCUUCUGGAGAAAAGUGAAAUUUUUAUUUUUUUAGACUUGCAAAUUAUGAUUAGCGUCAUCAGAACAUGAGGGCAUUUAUGCGUUACUGUACACAGAGUAAGAAAGGUUUUUGUUGUCCUUAUUGUCUUGAAUAGAAUUUUUAAAAUUUGUGUUUGACACUGUGAACUGCAGUAUAAAGUAAACUAUCUCCAUGAUAUUGAUGUUAUGCGGAGGUGAAGGUGGAGAUAAAAGCAUUGAACAAGAGAAGGUAAGAUCAAUAAAAUGCACUGUGGCACAAAGCUAUGUGAAUGCUAAGACACUUCAAAUGGUUGUGACUGCAUGUCAGACAUGCAUGAAGCACUGGUGUGAGGAAAUUAACUCACAGAGAUGUAAAAGAAAUGCAUGUUGAGGAAGUGAUAAAUGUUUUUUUUUGUAUCACACUGUUAAAUGAAGGUUUAAACUGUAUUGAAGAUGUAUUAUUUUAACUUUAGCUAAUCUUUGAGACUUGUUGUUUCAUAUUUUUAUCACUAGGUGGUGUAUGCGCCCCACUGCUGUAAACAGUCUGCUCUGUAACUCUGGCUCUGUUAUUUUUUAAUAGUUUACUUGUAAACAUUUUACAGUAAGGGUUAGAUGCUAAUCACUAUAAUCAGAGAUAAGAGGAUGCCAAAAAACCUUUGGCAUCAUAUACAUCCAGCUCAUAUCAUAUUAUAGCUGGAAAUCUUGCUUGCUCCACAUGCCCUUGAGAUUCUGCUCCAAGUAAAGGUAACCGUUUAUUAGUGUGUGCCAACAACAAGUAGUAGAUCAUUAAACUCAGCUACUUCAGCCGCUUUGAAGGAACGUAAAAGCAGUUUAUGGGCUGAAGGUCAGAUCCAAAUUAAGAAUAAACUCUGUGGUUUUCCACUUCCUGUGAAUGUUUGUGAGACUUCCCAUGAAUUUAGGUUGCUCCAAGAAAUCACCUUUGAAUUACUCAAAAAGACUCUUCUCAUUCCUUUGAAAGUUUUCAUGUAAACUAACCAGCUGAUGCACUCAUUUACACUGUAACCCCAAAACCUCAUAUCUAACCUGAAUGUUAAACUAAAUUCACUGAUGAGUUCUAUAAAAAUUUGAAUUUAUUUAAAGAAACAACCUUGAAACUUUUUGGUCAUUCUUGGCCUCUAAUACAUUUUAUUUUUUAAUAAAAAAAACAUAGUACUUGGUUAAACCUUGCAUCUAUGAGUUUUGCUUCUAGAAUAAGAGUAAUAUCAAAUGCAUGGAUCUAAUGAAAACAUUAAAGUUUCCUGUAUUUCAAAUACAAGGAACAGUUCAUGCUUAAAGUUGUGUAAACUUAAUGUAAGCGUAUCUGCAGCAUGUGUAUUCUGUGAAAAAAACUGCAGUAAUAUACUGUAUUUUGUGCAUCAAAAGAGAGUGACUGCACAAAUCUUGUUUCUGGUUUUAACAUCUGUGUUUGUCUGGAUGUGUAUUUAAAAAAGAUGUCCAUGCACUGUGCCAAAAUAUUUGUUUCAGUCAGUAUUAUUUAGAAGAGUCUUUAUUUUUUAAAAACACUGUAACCUAGAGUGGUGUCUCAAAUAGAAUUUUAUUUUUUUUACUUUUUGAAUCAUGUAAAUAAAAGGGAAGUCCGACUCAAUGCUUUGUGUAAUUGAGUGUUUUUUGUUUUUAAAUCUUACACUGUCACCUUCAUGUGUUUCUGAGAAAAUGUUGUGGAUGCUAUCUAUGUGUAAAGAUGUAAAACUAACUGAAAAGGUCAUUAAAAAGUCUACUGUGACUGCUA